AUGCAGAGCAAUUACUCCCUGGUUGUCACCACCAGGGAAAGUCUCCAAGUCCUGUCUACAGCACUGACAAACUCAUCAGCUGUGUCACACUCAUCCCCUCCUUGCCCCCUUACCUCUUCAAAUUAUCAGUUUUCACUGAUUCCAGCCCUCUUCUCUGCAGUUUUUGUUCUUGGCUUGGUUGGUAACAGCGUGGUGGUUGUGGUGCUCUGUCGUCACACUGGCCCCAAGACAGUUGCUAAUAUCUACAUUUUCAACCUGGCCAUGGCAGACCUGCUGUGCCUGGCCACCCUUCCCUUCUGGGCCACCUACUAUGCUCAGGGAUACAACUGGCUCUUCGGGUCUCUCAUGUGCAAGAUCUCCAGCUCUGUCCUGUGUCUGAAUAUGUUUGCAAGUAUUUUUUUCAUUACGUGCAUGAGCGUGGACCGGUACCACGCCAUUGUCCACCCUAUUCACUCCCAGAGGAGAACUCCACAGCAAGCUUAUUUUGUGGCAUUGGUGGUGUGGGGCCUCGCCUGCUUGUCCUCCCUCCCAACUUUUUAUUUCCGAGACACUUACUAUGUUGAAAGUUUGGAGGUCAAUGCUUGCAUUAUGGCUUUUCCUUAUGAGAACUAUGCUCAAUGGUCUGUGGCAACAGCCUUCCUGAAAAACACCCUGGGCUUCUUCAUCCCCUUGGCAGUGAUCACCACGUGCUACAUCUCGAUCAGGAGGCACUUGCUUAAAGCACAGCAGUUUGGGAAGAGCAGGCAGAAGAGGGACAAGGUCCUGAAGCUGGUGGCUGCUGUUGUCAUUGCCUUCCUGAUCUCCUGGCUGCCAUUCCACGUUCUGACGUUUCUGAACGCGCUGGCUCACAUGGAGGUCAUUGCCAGCUGUGCGGUGGUGGGGCUCAUCGACACGGCGCUGCCCUUCGGCAUCUGCAUGGCCUUUGCCAACAGCUGCACCAACCCCCUGCUCUACUGCUUCAUUGGCAACCAGUUCCAGGAGAAGCUGCACCGCCUGUUCAAGAGGAGGGUGCACCAGCUCAGCAGCCACCGCGAGAGCUCCUCUGCCAGGAGGGGCAGCUGCUUCAGAGAGCCUGAAACCCCCGUGGGCAAAGAAGGGGAACCCGAGUCCUUCCUCUAG